UAGACUGUGCCAUUCAGUCUUUCGGUCAUUGUUCACCUGUAACCUUGUAAUAUUCCAGUUAAACUUGAUUUCUUGGAAAUUUUGAAAAAUUGAAUAUUUCCACAAUUUAAAAUAAACAUGACUUCCCAACAAGAAACUUAUAAGCUGACCUACUUCAAUUUCCGUGGACUCGCGGAACCAAUUCGGUUAAUGUUUGCGUACGCUGGAGUCGCCUAUACGGACGAUAGAGUCGCCCAGGAUGACACUUGGCCGGCGAAAAAAUCAAGUCUCCCCUGGGGAACUCUGCCCGUUUUGGAGGUGCGUUCUGGUAAAACGGGACAGCCCUUCGUGCUCGCUCAGGCGGUCGCGAUCGGAAGAUUUCUCGCUAAAAAAUUCGGACUUGAUGCCAAAACUGAGGAAGAUGCGGCCAAAGGUGACGAAUAUGUGGACGCCUUGAAAGACUUCCAGCUAGAGUUCUUUGCCUGGUUCCGUGCGGCCGAUGAGGAAGCAAAAGCCGCAGUCAUACAGACGAUUAAGGAAAAACAUGCCCCCUCAUAUUUUGGCAAGUUUGAAGCCAUUCUCGCCCGAAACAAGACGGGCUGGUUGGUCGGUGAUUCGCUGACUUGGGUCGACAUCUUCACUGCAAAUCAUCUCUCCAACUUCUUCAAAUUUUUGAGUACCGAGGAUAACGACAUUUCGCAAGAUUAUCCACAUUUGGUAAAAUUGACGCAGAGGGUUUUCGCACUGAACGGAAUUUCAAAAUGGAUCGAGAAACGACCUGUAACGCAGUUUUGAAAUGUGCGAAUUGCGAUGUUGGAUAUUUUUUCGUUUCAUUCUUAUGUAAGAAAUACAAAAGUUUUCAUGUUCUGUGGGAAAUUUGACAUCGAUAAAUUGGCAAAUACAAAUUCUGCAUUUCAUGGUUCUCGCUAGCUUAUUGUUCAAAAUUCGAAUAAAUUGAAAAAUACCAUCUUCUCGUUUAUUGAUUGACAUCUUCUGAGGUAAUCUGAUACAAAUAUGUACACUUUGUGCUUCCAAAUUUGAUGUCCUAAAUUUUAAAACAUUGCAAAAAAUAAAUAAAAUUAAAACAAUUAGAUAUUUA